UUCAAUAAAAAUCCACAUAGUGAACCCAUCAAGUUAGUCCCAGACUAUUGCCGACCCUCAUUGUUCACCGUCACCGUUGCACAAGAAGGUAGAAUGGCCCUCUCGCCCCCGCCUAUGCCAGACACCAGCGACGACGUCACACUCAACGAUGCUGCACAGAAUGAGGCCUCCAAUUUACCCCACCCCCCGACGGAAAUCAUCACGAUCCCAGGCCCCAUCAGCAGGCCGAACGAUAUGCAAAUGAAUUACAAUGCAUUCCGUCUCCCUCCAAACUUCCACUACAGAGUACAGGGGAUGUUCAGUGUACACCUUCGUCUCAACGUAUCGAAGAUAGCCCAGCAAGCAUGGGACAAUGCGAACGAUCAUGCCGUAAUCAUAGUCCCCUUGUAUAUGACCUUCUCCCUAUCCAGAAUGCAAAAAGCCAAAGUAGAUACGUUAAUCUUCCUCAAGAGAGCAUUCCCAGAAUCGGCAGCAACCUUAAACGUCGUCCUGCCAGCCAAGGCAGCAAACCAAAACCCAAAGCUUGACGAACCAUUGCCAUGGGGAAUAAUGGUAGCCGGCUUACAAUACCAAGAUGCGGCAACCCUUUUGCACCACCACUUCUGGCUCUCCUACAAGUUCAGCUUCGUAGCAUACCCAGCAACCCCUUUCACCUCGGACUGGAUUGGGAAUUGGGCCUUUGCAGCUGACGAAAGCGAUGAGGCUAUUGUCUUGGAAUGCCUGCGCCAAAACUUGGCCACCCCCCAAACCACGAUAGGAAAAUACCUAAUGAAGGCCAUCCCCGACGAACAAGCCCGGCAAGAUAUCAUAAACUCGGCACGAGUUCGCCCAAUCAGGCCAAUACCAAAUGAUAAUGAUACCAUCCACUGGGCCUUCCUCGUGGACAGUCCCCACCCUGAAGACGUCGACGAACACCGACUUUGGGUAAAUGCCGCUUAUGCAACGGAAUGGUUUCACCCCGCCAUCUCAGCGGGUGAACUACGCAUCCCCCGCACCGCUUGCAGAUGCUGCAAAGGGCGCGACCACUUCACUGUGCAAUGCCCCUUAACCAAAAUCCCCUACUGGCGCUCUCCAUUUCCCUCGAAAGUUCUAGAUGAGACAGACUUCAGCCUAACCAACGCAAACUCUAUCGCUGAAUAUGAACGCAGAGCAAUGUCGGCCAUCAUGGCCCCCACUCCCGCAUGCAAAACACGCCGGAGAGAAACCAACUCCGCAAACUGCGGCGGGGCAUCAGCACCAGCACCAGAAGGCGAAACACCAGAGCCACCCAACGAGGCAGAGGUAACCGAAGAGCAGUCAAGUCCAGAGGCCAUCGUAACAUGUAAAAUGCUUAGAAUCGAUGCUCAAUGACUGAAUAGUGCACCCAUGCACAAACCGGCUAUUCACAAUUAACCAAGAAACCAAAGAGGGAAAUCGCACCCACGAGGUAGCUGCCUCCCACUUGCGGAGGAUAGUCUUCAAAGUUGAAGUCACUGAGACUUACCACAAUGCAAGCCACGCAUAGUGAGACCGAUCCAGCAGGUUUUAUCGUCGCCUAUUCAUCGAAUCGGACAACGUGGUCUAGAUCAUGAGCUCCUGGGAAGGCCAUAUUAGUACUAAGUGGCCAACCAACCUGGAACUCAUGGGGCUCCCUAGUGGAAGAGGCCCAAUUAGGC